AUGACAGCGGCGGUACUUUGCCAUCGCAGGAGCUUUGAUGUGCAAAAACAUAGUGAGCACUUAUAAAAGCUCCUGUUUUGGAUCGAUCUUUUACUCAUUAACUCGUCCAUCUGAUGGCACCGGCAAUAUUAAUGACAGUACCACGACUCUCGUCCCCACUUCCACGCUAGUGGUACCCAUUCCACCUGAGAGAACCAUCGCGGUACCCGCGGAACCACAGGUAGUUUACGUAACACCUCGCGUACAGCACUCUCGAUUUCGACGAAGAAAAACAACUGAGCCGUUUUGGCCGUCUUACGAUCGCUGACAAGUGAAGAUCGCACGUGCUAGUGACAGUUUAGGGUGCUUUGAUUGUUCCGGUGACCGGAUUUAACGCUCCGCGCGGUUUUCCGGGUGGAAAUCGCAGUGAAAAUGUCAGUUGUGUGCUUUUGAGAUGAGGCGGGCGCGGUUUUUUGCCUCCGGCGUUUGUUUAUGGUGAGGACUGCGGAGCGGAACCAGUUUUUUCGACUUAUUUGUGCAUAGCACCAAAUGCUGACUGAAACUUGCUGAAAAUGGAGGGCAAGAUAUCGCACAGUGGGCUGCUAGCUCGUAGCCCUGAAGGACACGCAGCCAGAGGAAUGCAGAUCAAAGGGAAUGAAGACCUUUGGGUUGAGAUACAGGCCAACACGUUCAGAAACUGGGUCAACGAACAUCUUCCCAAGGAUCUCAGGGUGCUGGAUCUAUCACAAGAUUUGUGCACAGGGGUGAGGCUUUGCGCCUUGGUUGAAGCUCUGCGGGGCAAACCCAUCAAACCUUCAUGGAACAAAAGACCGGUAAAUCAACAUCAUUACCUGGAGAAUGUGACGUGUGCCUUGAAAGCUGUAAUGUGGACAUCGUGAACGGAAACCUGAAGCUCAUCCUGGGCCUGAUAUGGUCCCUGAUCGUGCGCUACCAGAUAGGCAGAUCGAAGUUCCCUCCCAGAAAGCUGAUGCUGGCUUGGCUGCAAGCAGUACUGCCCGAGUGUAAAGUCAGCAAUCUCACCACCGAUUGGAACUCUGGUGUACUUCUUUCGGCUCUUGUCGAUUACUGUAGGCCUGGACUGUUCCCCCACUGGAGAAAGCUUGAUAAAGCUAAUGGCAUCGAGAAUUGCCGUAGAGCCAUGGAGAUAUCCCAGAAAGAGCUUGGAAUCCCUGCAGUGUUAGAGCCAGAAUAUCUGGCAUCACCAUGGCUGGAUGAGCUGUCUGGAAUGACCUAUCUCUCUUAUUUCAUGAAGCCCGGGUCUCCGGGAUUCUAUGCCACACUCCGAUGGGUCAACUCGAGGCUGGAACGACCUGUCAAGAACUUUACGAGCGACUGGAACGAUGGUAAAGUGAUAAGCGAGUUGAUUAGAUCACUUGGUGGUUCUGCCAGUGCUCCAGAGAAGCUGAAGAGUGAUCCUGCAUACUGGGAGACAAACCAAGCGCAAGCCAUCGACGCAGGAAAAAGAUUAGGUGUGCAACCGAUUCUGUCAGCCAAAGACAUGGCUGACAGGCACGUGGAACACCUCGGGGUUAUGGCUUAUGCGGCUCAUUUCCAGUGGGUUCCGGAAAGACCGCCACUUCACGACCUCAUCGGCGUUACUUUGGAGUCGACGUCUGGAAGAGUGGGACAGCCGGUAAGUUUCC